AGGGAGAUGAGCAUCUUGUUCCAAUGAAACAUCAAGCGGUGUGACGAUGACAGCGAAAGGCAGACAUAAAGCGGUCCCCUUCCCCCUGGCCCACCGGCUUACGAUGAAGGAGGUGUUUGAUGCUGAAGGCCGGCCGCGGGUGGACCUGCUUAAAGCUCACCUCACCAAGGAGGGCCGGCUGGAGGAGGCUGUGGCCCUGCGCAUCAUCGAUGAAGGCGCCGCCAUCCUGCGCCAGGAACGAACUAUGUUGGAUAUUGAGGCGCCAGUCACGGUGUGUGGAGAUAUCCACGGCCAGUUUUUCGACCUGAUGAAGUUGUUUGAAGUGGGAGGUUCUCCUGCCAACACACGCUACCUCUUCCUAGGGGACUAUGUGGACAGGGGCUACUUCAGUAUCGAGUGUGUGUUGUACCUGUGGUCACUGAAAAUCCUCUACCCAAAGACGCUCUUUCUUCUACGGGGAAACCAUGAAUGUAGACAUCUGACAGAAUAUUUCACCUUCAAACAAGAAUGUAAGAUCAAGUACUCGGAGCAGGUGUACGACUCCUGCAUGGAGGCGUUUGAUUGCCUGCCCCUGGCAGCACUGAUGAACCAGCAGUUCCUGUGUGUGCAUGGGGGGCUUUCACCAGAGAUCCACACACUGGACGACAUCAAGAAGUUGGACCGGUUCAAGGAGCCCCCAGCAUUUGGGCCCAUGUGCGACCUGCUGUGGGCCGACCCCCUGGAAGACUUUGGCAACGAGAAGACCCAGGAGUACUUUGGUCACAACACAGUCAGAGGCUGCUCCUAUUUCUACAGUUACCCGGCAGUGUGCGAGUUCCUACAGACCAACAACCUGCUGUCAAUCAUCAGAGCGCAUGAAGCACAGGAUGCUGGGUAUCGUAUGUACAGGAAGAGUCAGACUACAGGUUUCCCCUCCCUCAUCACCAUCUUCUCUGCUCCAAACUACCUGGAUGUCUACAACAACAAAGCUGCGGUGCUGAAGUAUGAGAACAAUGUGAUGAACAUCCGCCAGUUCAACUGCUCUCCUCACCCCUACUGGCUGCCCAACUUCAUGGACGUCUUCACCUGGUCGCUGCCUUUCGUGGGAGAAAAGGUGACCGAGAUGCUGGUCAAUGUCCUGAGUAUCUGCUCUGACGACGAGCUCAUGAACGACGGAGAGGAGAUCUACGAUGCCAGUGCAGCUGCAGCCAGGAAAGAGGUGAUCAAAAACAAGAUUCGAGCCAUUGGGAAGAUGGCGAAAAUGUUCUCUGUUCUACGGGAGGAGAGUGAGAACGUGUUGACCCUGAAGGGACUCACCCCUACAGGCAUGCUGCCCAGUGGAGUGCUGUCCGGAGGCAAACAGACCCUGCAGAGCGCCAUCCGAGGCUUCUCCCCGCAGCAUCGGAUCAGCAGUUUCGAGGAGGCCAAAGGUCUGGACCGGAUCAACGAGAGGAUGCCUCCUCGACGCGACGCCGUCAACAGCGUGGGCCUGUCGAUGGGCCGCAUGAACAUGGGAGAGCCCAAUGGGACCGACAGCAACAGCAAUAUACAGUGAUGGACAUACACCCCCACAUGCCCAGACACAUACUUGCAGUUACAAUUCUGAUAUGGUACCAUAUUUAUAGAUUCGUGUACAUAGGCAUAUAUACACAAGAAACAUGCAUCACACACACACACACACACACACACGGAAUAGGCUGCAGACAACAUCACACACACAUGCAAUCGCACAUGCACACAUGAUUACCUACCCCUCUCCCGUUGCCCUCAGCUGUAUGUAAAGGCAUGAGCGUACCUGGACUUUACCACCAAAGGCUGAGUGUCUUCACUGAACCGAUCGGCCCUAUUUAGAGAACUACAACUCCCAUGUACCUGCACAACAGCAGGAACGAAACUACCAGAACACUCCCCAGGCAGGACAGGAGGAGCUGCUGUUCACCGUGUAUGUUGGGGAU